AUUUAGCUAAGUCCUUUUCUUUCCACUCCGCGUGUAGUUCAUGCUGAACCGAUUCCCUGCCUUUGCUAGCUACGGUAGUUAGAUACACUGCUUCGUCAGAACUAUGUCGUUCAGUUUCAACUUCGAUGUGCAGUUAACGACAAAGGGGCAACAAGGUGAAGAAAGACAACCACAAACUGGAAAGCAGGACUAUGCAGUCAAACCUGUGCCCGGCAACAACACCACCACUCCAGCAGAAAAUGUCAAAGCAGCUGUUGAACACCAUCCCCCUGCAGAGCCCCACUCUCUCCUCAAUGAUGCUGUCUCUGAGACUGUUACCAUAGGAACGCUUCCACCCCUCCACUUCCUGAAUGAGUCUGUGUUCGAGCAGACGGCCAGUGAGCGAGAUGACGACGAGAGGAUCCUGUCUCGGACCGCCGCCCAGAGCUCGGACCUCAUCUCUGGGGUGUACGAGGGAGGGUUAAAGGUGUGGGAGUGUACCUAUGACCUCCUGGAGCUGCUAGAGAGAGAGGGGGAGACGUUCGGGGGGAAGAGGGUUCUGGAUUUGGGCUGUGGUGCCGGAUUGCUGGGCCUUCUGGCGCUAAAGAGAGGAGCAAGUCAGGUCCAUUUCCAGGACUAUAAUAGAACUGUUAUAGAACAGCUCACACUGCCUAACGCACUGCUCAACUGUCAGUUGGAAGGGGAGGAGGAAGAAGAGGAGAAGGGGAGGAAGGGAAAGAAACGGGGGCAGCAGGAGGAGGAUGAUGAGACAAUUAUAGAAGAGGACAAGACGAAAAAGAAGGAAGAGGCAAAGUCAGAGGAGGAGAAGAAGAAUGAACAGAAAAUAGAGGGAGAGGAUGGCAGCCCGUCGCCCAAGAGGCAAGCCCUGGACCCAUCCCAGCACUCAAAGCUGGCCUGCUGUCGUUUCUUCUCGGGUGACUGGACAACGUUCCUUGCGCUGGUCCUCAAGGAAGACCUGUCCCCUAAAUAUGACAUCAUCUUCACCUCAGAGACCAUCUACAACACGGCAUACUACUCAGCUCUUCACGACACCCUCCACAGACUGUUGGCCCCGGGUGGAGUGGUCUACCUGGCCACCAAGGCCCACUACUUUGGGGUGGGGGGUGGGUUACACCUGUUUGAACAGUUUAUGGAGGACAAGGGAGUGUUUGAUAUGGAGAAACUGUGGGACGUGGACCAGGGGCUACAGAGACAUGUUGUGGCCAUGCACUUCAAAACAACAAACAAGUCUUGACUUUUUACUUUGUGUACAGUUUCAAUGAACUGAAAAAGAAAAUAUUUUUCAAAUUAGUUUUUACUCAAUGCAGCUGGAACUUCUAUGCUACAUAAGGUGUGCUAACGACCCUCUUUUCAAUCUAUUUCAAAUAAACCUUUUCCUAUAAAGAA